GUUUGACUUCAGUUUUGGCUUAGCAUGGAACCGUACCAGUUGAUCUUAUCUAUGUCGCUAGUUCCGAUUGUGGUAGGACAAAUCGUCGUUCCUCCAUAUACAACUCAAUAUCCUUUCCCAUGGUACCCUGUUCUUCCUAAUUGUUACCCGGCAUGUGGAAAUGUUAUAAUAAUUAAUAAUACUAACCCUUUACCAACUCCAUCCCCUCCUGCGAAUCGGCAAUCAACAGCUCCUCCCACUGCACCCUCUCCGACAGGUGCACCUAUUCCUCCCACAGUAAUUCCUACAUUGCCACCUUCUUCGACAGUUGCACCUAAUCCUCCCACUGCGGCACCUACAGCUGUACCUCCUCCAACAGCUGCACCCCCUCCAACAGCUGCACCUAAUCCUCCCACAGCAUCACCUACGGUUGCACCUCCUCCAACAGCUGCACCUCCUCCAACAGUCCCAACUAUUAUUCCUCCUACUGCACCACCUCCAACUGGUGCACCUAUGCCACCAGUAACUGCUUCAACAGCAGCACCACCUCCUGUUACUACUAUUUCUUCUCCGACUAUGGUUCCAACAGCACCUCCAGCGCCAACAGGACCACCUACCGCUCCUACUACGGUAGCUCCCACAACCGCAACAACAAGACCACCCGCACCCACGCCUCCAACUGCGCCUCCAUCUACUGCAUCACCAACAGGACCACCCGUGACUUCAUCUUCUACUCCUGCUCCUACUACUACAACAAGACCACCCGUGACUACUCCUACACCAGGUCCUCUCACUACUACAACAGCAAGACCACCCGUAACUACUCUUACAACUGCAGCUUCUACUACUACGACCACAACUAGAGCACCUGUACCUACACAACCAACAUCAGCUCCAACAACGACCACAACAGCCCCGACUAGGAGACCAACUAAAAAAGUAACAGUGACAACAACUACUUGGUAUAUCUAUCCCUCAUGGUGUACGAGGUGUUCUCGAAUUAUUACAAGAAAAAAACCUGCCAGACCCGCCGUAGUACCAUCUUCUCCCAACAGGUGCGUUUUGUUGUCAUGGCUUGGUCUGUAA